AUGCUGCGAGAGCUUCUCUUUAAUGGGGCAGACAGGGAAGCUCUGAAGAAGUCGUCCAGCAAGCCCAGCAUUGUGGAUAGCCUUCCCGUCUCAAAGAACGGCGACGCCACGUGGAUGAGCAAGGUUGUCGAGCACCUCAGUGUAAAUGAUCUCGCAAUAGCGUCUGCUGGACAGGCCGAGCGUAUCUUCAGAGUACAGCGCCUCGAAUGUGACGGAAACGAAUACUUUGCAGGCUCUUCACCAUUUUUUGCGACGGUGUCAAGCGAGGUUGCCUUUUUAAUACCCAAUGGCGGGGAUAUGCUCACAUUAUUUUCUGUCCCUGUGUCGAAGAACAUGUCCCUCAAUCAGCAGGCCCUGGAUCCCGAAUUAUCGACAAUCCUUGAAAUCCGAUAUCCCGGGGUUGAAGGGGAUCGAUUUAUAAAUGGAGCCAAAGGCGCCAUAAACAGCCUCGCGAUAACCUUUGAUGAUCAGGAUGCAGUGAAAACCUUCAUUCAGAUGGUUGAGGAGCGGCAGCAUGAGAAUAUACGAGACAGAGUGCUAGGUGCUCCAGGAACUCCUAGAAAGCACUCCAUUGCCUUUAUGGAAUUCGAUUCAGCUUCAGUAGAUGACAACCGCGGAAAGGGAACAAGAUCGAAUUCUACAGCGAAAAUCGAUGCUGAUCCUUCUUCCCCUCUUCACAACAUUUCAUCGCGUAAGCGGCACAAACAAGAUUCGACAGCUACAUCUACGCUGCAGAUUCAUGCCUCCACGGUUCAGCUUGCCGAAAGAUCAAGCAAUGAAUUGUCUAAGGGUGCAUCGGGGCCGAAGCUCUCCCUAGAGGACGAAUCCUUGAUUGGACUGCCACAUACAUCUCAGAGUAGCCACAAGCGUGUGCGGUUAAGGGCUAGGAUGACCUCAGGACGGGUGCAGCUGGGUCACAGAAAUAUGGAAGUGGAUGUUGCGGAAGGUGCGGAAGGUGCGGAAGACGCUAUUGAGAAAGAACCAGCAUCCCAAUCGCCUUCAGAUGGUGUUGAUCUUGACCUGUCUCAUGACCCAGAUCGAUCCUUUACUACGUCCGGCAUCUCAAAACCACGUCAUGACACCGAGCCGGCCAACAAGUCAUCUCCUGUUUCGGGAAACGAAUGCCAAAGUAUCAUCGUAGUUGACUUUGCCCGCAAAACACCCAGACAAAAGAUCGCUAUGGCGAAAGUGGUGGUUCCCCAACCUGAUGCACAAAGCGACUCUCAGGCUGAAGGAGGACCAGCCAAAAUGGGCCUUAAGCGCAGAACAGUCAAAGACGCCACAGCUCUUCAGAACGAACAGAUGCAGAAACCACUCGAAGCCACAUCAGAGGCAGCUGACUUUGACCUCCCGCCUUCCAGUGAUGAGGAAAUUCGUCCCAUAAAGAAAGCAAAGACGAAAACUUCUAAGACACCGACCAAGUCACCGCUGAAGGAUUCCACAAGCAUGAAAAAGGGGACUGUUCAGAUCGCAGUUUCACCAAAACGGCACAAGAAAAAGCAAAUCGAGAAGAAGAUGAUCAAGCCAGCAGGGCAAAAGUCCCAGAGGACGGCUGCCUCAACGAGGUCCAGGCGAGCUGCCAAAAAAACACCAACGUAUAUCGAGGAAGCUGAUGAGAGCUAUGAGGACACCACAGAGGAAGAAGUCGAAGAAAAAGAGAGGGAGAAGCAUGAAACGCACGACAAAGCCGCGGAGGCUGUUCGGGGCUCCCUUCCCCUCAGCAAAGGGGCAACAAAAACGGGUCUGAAAGCUUCCCAACGCGGUUUUGCAUCGGACAUGCAAGAGAUCCUUGACGGGGACAGCAUCGAUAGGGAGGAUGAUAGGGAGGAUGGACUAGCACGAGGCCCACUGGCAUGCUGCCCUCCGGACGAGCAACUUACAUCAAUGCACGGCUCUGUCGCCCGGCAGCCCAGCCCUGAGCAGGCUGUAGCGAGCAACGAGAAACACACAUCAAAACAUUCGGGCGAAAAUGCCGUCUCCAAAACUAUUCCUGGUUCAAAGGGUAAUGAUCAGCAGAAAUCUACUUACCAAGGCGACUCGAAGCGACUGAGUGAAAGUUCGAUACCUCCAGUGAGCGAAAAGCUACUGCGAAAGACUAAAAUCGUACACUUUGGACCUCAAGGCCCUGGUAACCAGGCAGUGCCGAUCAAGUCUCCAGUGACGCUUAGCGAUUGCGAAUCGAUAAAGGAGAUCAGUCCAGCCCCCAAACGUGUAAGGGUUAGGCAAGAUGAACUUGUUGAAGACAUCGACGAGCUUGUUCCGGACUACUGCGACGAGUCUUCACCGAGCCCGCCAGAAAUCGAGGAAACCCGGAUUCUAUUUGCACACGAUGGGGAUGAUAUACCGAAGGAGCCUGGUGAAAGCCAAGGGCUGGAUGUUCAUGCACAUGCUGACAACAUGGGCGAGCAAAUCGUCUCAGCUUCUGAUGAACAGACGUGUAUCAUCAACGAACCAGAAACUUCCAGGCAUGUUAUCUCCAGAACUGAGAAAACGGCCAGUGGGAACGCCUCCCAGCUUUCUAGCCCUCCUCGCUCGCACAAGACCGGUGUACACCAAACCAGGCUACAAAGACCGUUCCUUGCUAAUGAUGCGUCUCAUUAUUACGCUUCUAGAGCCAAAGGAACGCAAAUUACUGGAGAGUCGAUAACCCAGUCCAUAAAGACCAAUUCCGCAUCUCAUCAGGGAUAUACGCAAACCAGAAAACCCGUUGGAAACAGCAAGAAUCAUGCAGGUCAUCAAACACCCGCAACGAAAGAAUCCAGCACACGGAGUGCUGUGUCGCAUGCGCUCCGUUCAACUUCUGAGGAAAUCAUACAAUCUGAAAAUCCAGAGCCGACUCGAGAGUUGAACAACACGGGUCUGUCCCGCAGAGUCAGUGCUGUACCCAAGAUUCACCGUGAUAUUGUGUCAUUAACGCAGGACAACCCGGUGACGGGCCCGCAUGGCAUGCGUGAUUCUUGCGCGUUGCUCCCGCAUAUUGCACCCGAUUCAAUGGCUCCGCCUCCACCACCAGCCGACUCGGUCAAGCAGCCAAGUUCUCUUCGCAGAAUACGACCCGCAGCACAGGCUAGGCAAACAGCUCUACCUCUGAAAGCAAUGAGUCAGCCGGUCAUCACAGGGCCUAUCAGGGUGAAAAAGAGUACGAGCCUGCCUCUCGUUAUUGAGCCUGAGCUUGAGCCCGAAUUACCUCCAGCAACGCCAGACUCGUUCUCUACGCGUCUUCACCUGCAUGACCGCUUCUCAAUUAAUGAAGUGCCAGACAAUGGAGGCCCGAACACGACAGGAGUAGACACGUGGCAGAACGUUGGUAAUGACAGCUUGACUUUUGUAAAUGGGGACGAAACAGUCUAUGGAGAUCGUCUAGGCCGUGGGCUCAAGCGAGGGCGGAGACAACAAUCUGACUCGGAACAUGAUGGCUCGAUGACUGCAUCUCCUUCCAACAAACCUGGAGGAGACUCCAGACGAGGCGACUCGAUGAUGGCAUUUCCAUCUGCCCGUGAGUCUCAACGGGGUAUGCUUGAUGCGAUCAUCAACAUAACUAACGAUGUCCUAUUCCGAUUCGGCGCAGAAGAAGACGCCAUUAGAUCGAAGGUCAGCGGAUACGAUCGUGGAGGGGGAGUAAUUAUCCAGACUCUAACCGACACGUGGACUCAACGUCUGGAACAUGAGCGACACCUCCUCGAGGAUAUCUUGAAGGAGGAGAAAGAGGUUCUGACAACGGCGCUGCAACUUGUACAAUGUACGGACCAGUUGGGUGGAAACUGGAGAGAGACCAUUUAUAAUCAGGAGUUGACAAGGAAAGUACAGGACAAAGGCGAUGGCCUUGCGCAGAAGAUCGAGAACUUGAAGAAGAGAGGCUGA